AGAAGUCAACGUGGUGAGAUACGUCGAACGCCGUACUUCAAACGUCAACAAAAUAAAGACGCGCAGUGAUUUUCACUCUAAAAACCACCUGUGUAGUAUAAUUCACAAUUUCAUUAGUCGUAUGGUGACUUAAUUUUUACUUAACAAGGUAUAGUUAUGUUACAAAAAAAUAGCACCAAGUUGUUAAUAUACGCGGCCGGCACUUUUGCCUGUUAUUUCUUCUUCGGUAUUUUGCAAGAGAAGAUAACACGCGGACAAUAUGGUGAAGGAGAAAAUAAAGAAAAGUUUACCUUUGUCUGUGCUCUGAUUUGCUUGCAAUGCGUGCUCAAUUAUAUAUUUGCAAAGGCCAUUUUAUUGACUGUGAUGAAGCAGGGUGAAGAUUCAACUAGCACUUUUUACUAUGCUACUUCCUCUCUUACUUAUUUACUUGCGAUGGUUUGCAGCAAUAUGUCUUUGCAAUUUGUUAAUUAUCCGACUCAGGUUGUCGCCAAAUCCGGAAAACCUAUCCCUGUGAUGCUGCUUGGUGUCCUUCUGGGCAAGAAGUCUUAUCCUCUUCGAAAGUACUUCUUCGUCUUGCUGAUCGUAGUAGGCGUUGCAAUAUUUAUAUACAAGGAUGGUAAAGCAUCUGCUUCACAAUCUUCUAGUCAAUUGGGAUUUGGAGAAAUUUUAUUGCUGCUGUCGUUGGCGAUGGACGGCUUGACAAGCGCGGUACAAGAAAGAAUGAGGGCAGAGCACAAAACGCAAUCCCUUCACAUGAUGCUCAACAUGAACUUCUGGUCUCUUGUAUUCAGUGGAGUAUUUAUCGUCUUUUCCGGAGAACUAAUGAGUUUCACUCAGUUUUUGCAGCGCCAUCCCGGCAUAAUAGUAGAUAUAUUAAACUUCGCAGUGGCUGGUGCCUGUGGACAGUAUUUUAUAUUUUUAACUGUGGCAGAAUUCGGCCCACUGCCAUGCUCCAUCAUAACAACCACUAGGAAAUUUUUCACUGUCUUAGGGUCCGUUUUAUUCUUUGGCAACAAUCUUUUAACUAGGCAAUGGAUAGCUACCGUUUUUGUAUUUCUUGGAUUAUUUUUAGAUGCCAUGUAUGGCCAUAAAAAGACUGCAAAAAAGGAAAUUGUGAAGUAAACUUCCAGCAAGAUGAAAUAUGCUAGUUUGCUUUAGUUUUUCUCUUUCGGGACAAAAUUAUAUAAUAAUUGACUACGACUACAAGUAGAGCUGCUGAGGAAAGAGAAAAACUAAAUUGAUAAUAAGCAUAGCAAAUGAUAAGAAUAGGUAUCAUGAACUCUUUUAGUUGAAAUUUAUACGUUGCAUAUUGU